CGCUCUUAGAAAACAAUUCGAGGGGCCGUUAGAGAGAAAACCACCUGGAAUUUAUCACCUCUUGCAUAAUAUUACACAAAGUCAACACGUAAGGUUAACAGCGCGCACCCCUGUGAAGGGACAGGACCGUGGGGACCGAAGCUGUCUUGUAUGAAAUAUCUGGACUGACUACAACAAACGGGGGACCAGACUCUCCUGUCCCUCAAAGAAGGUGCACAUACCUGCAACUUCUGAUUAAUCUCACAUGCAUAUUAACUUUGAGUGCAUGUGUCAUUCCAUUUUGGAUUCCUGGGACUUGUUUUUGGCAUAACUUUACGCACUCCUGCAGCGCCCAGUGGCUGUCCCACGCUGAUCUGAGUGUGUGAGAAACUUUCGAUCCAUCCGGGCCAUGCUGCAGUGACUUCUGCCUGGCACUUCAUGAUCAAGUUGUAAACAGCGGGAGGCGAAGAAGGAUGCUUUGUAAAUAUUUAUAACGCACCCCGAGCGGAGGAGACGAAGAAGUAUUUUGGUGUCACUUGAUCGAGCAGAACCCAGGACAGUAAAUCACAAGGAGGCAAGUGGGCUGCAGAGGUGAAGCGAGGACAAGACAGGUUGGUGUCUCCAAAUUCACCGGGCUCCAGUUUCAGCCGCCCGGGGGGCUCCUGGUAUUAAAGCUCGCAUUUGACCUGGGAUAAGUUGUCAACAAGAGCAGCGAGCGGAGGCGAACUGGCAGGUGUACAAGUUCAUUUACAUGCAUACGUAUAUUCACGCCACUAUAUAUAGAAGUUGUCUUAGGGACGAGCAGCCUUAAUAAGUUCCUCCACCCACCCGCCGGCCCUGCAGCAGCUCUGUGCACCGGGCGUGUGCGCGUGUCUAUAUAUACACCAAACAGGCUGUUAUUUCUCUUCGCAAUCUGUAUCCGGGAGGGCUGCCCGCCGUCGGUUUGGCUGUGAGGGCAGGAGUUGUCGCAUGGACUGACAUGGCUACCGACCUCGCCAUGAGCGCAGAGCUGCCAAACAGCCCUCUGGCCAUCGAGUACGUCAAUGACUUUGACCUUAUGAAGUUUGAGGUGAAGAAGGAGCCGCCGGAGGCCGACCGCUACUGCCACCGCCUCCCGUCGGGCUCUCUGUCUUCCACCCCGAUCAGCACGCCGUGCUCCUCCGUGCCUUCCUCGCCGAGCUUCUGCGCUCCAAGCCCGGGCGCGCAGCCCAACCAGAGCCUCACCAGCGGGGUCAACAGCAGCGGCAGUAGCAGCAACAACAGCAGCGGCAACAACAAUCACAGCAACGGGGGCAAGCCUCAGCUGGAGGACCUGUACUGGAUCCCCAGCUACCAGCACCACAUCAACCCCGAGGCGCUCAACCUGACCCCGGAGGACGCGGUGGAGGCCCUCAUCGGCAACGCGCACCACCAUCACCAUCACCACCAGGCCUACGAGGGCUUCCGCGGGCAGCAGUACGUCGGGGAGGACCUGUCCACGGCCUCGACGGGCCACCAUCACCAGGGCCAUCACCACCAUCAUCACCACCAUCACGCCCGCCUGGAGGACCGCUUCUCGGACGAGCAGCUGGUCAGCAUGACGGUGCGUGAGCUCAACCGGCAGCUGCGGGGCUUCAGCAAGGAGGAGGUGAUCCGCCUGAAGCAGAAGAGACGCACCCUAAAGAACCGGGGCUACGCGCAGUCCUGCCGCUUCAAGCGCGUCCAGCAGAGGCACAUGCUGGAGACGGAGAAGUGCACCCUGCAGAGCCAGGUGGAGCAGCUGAAGCAGGACGUGGUGCGCCUCGCCAAGGAGAGGGAUCUUUACAAGGAGAAGUAUGAGAAGCUGGCCAGCCGGACCUACACUUCUGGUGGACCCGCAAACACGAGAGAUCCGUCCGGGAAACAAGCCAACACCGAUUUCUUCAUGUGAGAGACGAAGCAUAGACUCUGAAAUACAACCCCACCGAAAAACAUCCUUGUUGCAUUAAUUUAUAUUUUUCUGCGUUUGUAUUUUGUUUACAGUUAUUCCCUCGAAGGAGACUUUAAAAACACAAGUAAACAAAUACGCAUUAGAUGCGCACAAAAGUAAUCCUUGAGCGCAGUUUGAGUCUUAAAGAUGUUUUGGCUAAACUUCUGUAAACUCACUACAACCUGUCAGGUGGGCACAUGGGAUCACAGCCAGUAGACUUCUCUCUGGUGCAACAGAACCUGGUCUUAUUGAACCAAUCUGACAUUUAACAUGACUGUCUUAAUUCAGAGAGAAAUGAUUUUGUCUUAAAAGUUUGGGUGAGGGGUGAUUUUUUAAAAAGAGAUUGGACUGAAAUAGAAGCAGAAAAAGCAAUACACCGCCUCUCGUUUGACUCCAGAAAGCUCAACAGACUGUUUGUGUGGGAGGCGGUCUGCGAUGCAGAGAAGAGACCUUUCAAUAUUGCAAGUCUAUAGUUUCCCGUCCCUAUUUGCAACCCUGCAUGCAGGACAUGUAUGGUAACCUCCAGUCAUCUCCCAGAAUCCUUCCACAUGUAGGGAAAGCAUGGCCCAUGGUUCUCCUCCUCUAACGCGUCUCCUCCCUCCUCCUCUACCAUCAAUAAGGCCUGGGUAUGCAAAAAGCCACAAAAAUGUUUUCCCCAUUACCCCCCACCCCGGAGAGGUGCAAGGACUGCGGACGAAAAUGCAAAAACAAUCUGCUACUGCGAGAAAAAAAACCUGGAUGCGUCUUCAAUUGCUAUUUUCAAUCAAUUUUUCUAUUGUUUUAAAAAGAAAAGAAAAACGACAAAAAGAGAUUAACUGAGCCAGAUUUUAGACUGUAUUUAUUUCCACCUGUACAUAAUGUGUAGAGAAAAAACAGUUAACUGUGUUAUUUUACCCUUUUCUCUUUUUAAAGAAAACUGCUUUUGUUGCUUGGAUUCUUCGAAAUGUCUUAAUACAAAUGUUUGUAUGUUACAGCAUGCAAAUCGUCUAUGGUAUCCUCCUACUGAACAUGUGUAAUGUCAAAGGCAAGCCUAUACUGCACUAAGAAGAGAUCAAACUGGACAAAUGUUUUGUUUUCUACUGAUAGGACCUUUGAUCUGUUACUCUAAAAACCUGGAUGUAAAUUUGAUGAAGUGAAAGCUUCAUGUAUUAGAUGGACAAGGACUGCAUUCGCUGCUAAAACUCUAUGCACCAACCUGAUGAUUAAAAAGCUAGUUUAAUGGUUCUUUUUUUUUUUUUUACUUUCGAUAUUUGUAGAAUUUGUAGGGCCUGCGGGUUUAUUCUGCAGCCCGGUGUCUUAAUACGAUUGUGUGUCUGAUAGGAGAUUGCUUGCUUGUUUGAAAAGAGGAGGUUUUGCCUGUUGGUAGAGCUUACUGUUCUUGGAGUAACUCGAUGCAUUAUUCUGUCAAAAAGACGUGUGUUUUCUGCUGCCUAGAUAUAUGUGCAAUAUUGUGCAGAAGUGUCCGAUGUUCAGACUACCUGUUGGAUGGCGAGAACUGGCAGGAAGAGAGGCUGGGAAUUAUUACGUUUAGAUCAAAAUGACACAGAAAAAUCAAAAUACACGUGUGAUUAACAGUUUUUGAUGUUCUCCAAAUGUUCGAUCUUUUAUGUGAACCAAACGAACAAAAACGAUCAAAAAUGAAUCUUGUAAAACCUCUGCAAAUUAAUAUUUUAAAAAUAAUUAGGCACCUACAAUUUCCCUUCAGUCACUUUCUUUAUUUUAAUGUUAUUUUUGAUUGGUUUUAUAUGUCUUCACAUUUGUAGUCAUUUUUAGAGAAGCAAUUACAGCCUAAACAUCCUAAUUUGAUAUUAAAGAAGACACAAGGAAAGCAAACUUCUGCACAGUGCUGUUAAUGUAUAUCUGUACAUAUAAUUUCUAUAUUUAUUCAAUGAACGUGUCCUAACGUGUCAACAAGUGAAAAACCUACAAAGUGGAACGUUGUUGAGAAUCUUGUUUUCAUAAUGUUUAAUAAAAAGUUCUGU